UUGCUCAAUUGUCAAGAUACAAAACAAAAACAAAGUUAUUCAAGUGUGUUUUAAAAUCUUGGUAAUUUUGCUGGAAUUGUCCCAGGGCCAGUUUAAAACAAAAUGCCUCUAAUCCCCGCCAGUGGAACGGGUCGGUUCUGGGCCAAAUCGGCAAAAAUCAUCCGGUUCGCCCGACAAGGCUGCACCAACCGGCCCUUCUUUCACAUUGUGGUUAUGGAGCGCCGGAAGUGCCAGUACCAGCCGGUAAUUGAGCAGAUCGGCACGUACGACCCCAUCCCGAACGAGCACAACGAGAAGUUGGUUUCGUUCAACUUUGAGCGCGUGCGCUACUGGCUCGGCAGCGGCGCCCAUCUGUCCACGCCCGUCGCGGAACUGUUAGGUGUUGCCGGUCUACUUCCGGUCCAUCCCCGAACCUACAUGAACGCCUGGAGAAACAGACAAACGGCAGAGAAGGUGGCACAGCUGGAGGCGGCCAAGAAGCAAUCCGAAGAUGCCGCAGAAGCUAGUAGUUAGGACCGAAACAUAGUCAUUUAGUUAAAAUAUAAAUCGUAAAAACUGA